AUGGCCUGGGUCCCCCAAGGAGAUCGAUACGUCCCUUUCGCCAAUACCUCACGCGCGACCAACCGCACCGCGACCAAUGGGACAAACGGCUCCAGCACCGCGACGAUUUUACCACCUCCAAUGCUUGGAGACCAUCUGUCGUUCGGCAGGCCUGCGACCCUCAUGUUGGCGGUAAUGCCGGGACUGUUCUCCAACUCGGUGGAGAUGCCGAGUCACAUCAUACCGGCCGGCUGCGCCUGGCAGUCGAGUUCGUAUUCAGGGUUCUCGGAGGUAGUCCUGUCGGACGCCACAUUCAUCGAGUGCCAGGUCUUCAACACUUCUCUGUCCGCGAAGUUCGAGUAUGUCAACGGAGGUCAACAGGUCGUUGUAACACGCAACCAGAAACCAGACGAUCUACCUUUGUUGCCUAUUGAGCAGGUGACAGGUCCCAUGAACCCAACCAAUGGAGGGAACGACUUCCAGAUUGGUCUCGACGAGAUAAAAAAUGCAUCAUGCAGUACUUUGAACUUGUCUGGAGAGCAAUGUCUCUUUCAGCCAGAAGUACUUCGGGUCUGGUCCUACCAGGCAGUUGUAGAUGCUUUCAACCGAUUAGUUCAAGGCACCAUAGGACUGGAUACCAGUUCUAUAUCGCCCGGCAUCGACCCACAAACCAAUCUUCUCGGCACCAUUUUGCAGAACAGCAACGAGCUAGCGUUCCUCCAGGGUUACGACAUUAGAGCAGACUCCACCAUACCUUCGUUAUCCGCUUUAGUGGACGCAUCUCUCGGUAGCGAGUACGAAGGCCUCUUCAACAACGCCACCAUCUUGGACCACCUUCCCCUGGCCACAGCGUUGGAAAAGCUGUUCCAAAACAUCACAAUAAGUCUCCUGAGUGACAAGAUCCUGCAGCCGAACCCAACUUCAGCCUACGCACCCCCUCUCGAAGCAGACGUAACAACAACAAGAACCCACAAUAUCUACAUCUACGCAGCACGAACGCUCUGGCUAGCCUACGGUAUCGCCAUCGCAUUUACACUCCUCUCCGUCGUCGCUGGCACGGUCGCUCUCGUACUGAACGGCGCCUCUUUCAGCAACGACUUCUCGACUAUCGUCCGCGUGAGCCGCGUAGCGAUGCUCAGCGAAGAGGUCACCCAGAGUGACGGUGACGGAACUGAGCCUCUGCCGAGACAUUUGAAGGACUCGAGGCUGUCGAUGAAGCGAGCGCAGGAGGGUAAGGGUGUGCUGUUAGAGUCUGUUCCAUGGGGAGAGGGAAAGCAUAUGGCUCAGGAGACGUAUAUGCUGACGACUCGUGGGGGUGAAUCUCGUGCUGGAGGUUCCUGGUUCACAUGA